AUGUUUGAACCGGAAGGCAGUUUGUGCGCCCCCGGUUCGGGCGGUGAGUAUCAGUUCCCGUUCGAUCCACCUUACGACAUACAGCUGGAUUUAAUGCGAACGCUGUACCAAGUGGUGGAAUCGAAACAGGUCGGUAUCUUCGAGAGUCCUACCGGAACGGGCAAAAGUCUUACGUUAACCUGUGGUGUACUGAGCUGGUUGCGUGAUCAUGAAGCUGCGCUAGAGCGCGGGCUGGCCGAUGGCAUAUCGAAACUGACAGCCGACAUAGCACGACUGGAACUGGAGAAUGCGGGAGCGGUGGAUUGGAUUUCCGGUCAGUUUGCUACGAUUGGUGUCAAAAAGCAAAUUGGUGAGUUGAAAGGAAUUCAGACGCUAAGGGAUGAGUACUAUAAACGGUUGGCGGAAUUGAGGACGAAGUCGACCGAAGUUAAAAGGCGCAAGGAAACGGCUCGCCGGUUGAAACAAGUUUUAAAAGAAAAGCCGCUGGAAGCGGAAUUUGACGAGAAUCUGAAAUCGACAGGGGACGAUGACUAUCUGGUAGAGGAUUCAGAUGAAGACGAUUGCCAUGAUGAAUUGGAAGACGAUGUGGACCGGUUGAAAUAUAAACCGGUUCAAGUCAUCUUUUGCUCUAGAACUCAUUCUCAGCUAGGGCAGGUGAUUCGCGAAAUCCGUCGAACGGAUUUUGGGAAACAAAUUAGACUGACUGCUCUUGCUUCGAGACAAAACUUUUGUAUUAAUUCUGAUGUGCGAAAGCUCAAUUCGAAUGCACUUAUCAAUGAGAGGUGUCUGGAAUUGCAGAAAAAAUCCGGUAAAGCGACGGCAGUAGAUGGCGAUGAAAAUGUGAAAAAGAAACGAAAGCUCAAUGACAAAUGUCCUUUCUACAAUCGUCAGAUGAUUGAUGAUUUGAAAAACGAUACUCUCUUCGAGGUUCAAGACAUUGAAGAGCUGGUAUCUUUUGCCCAGCAGGAGAAAGCCUGUCCGUACUACGCCACCCGUGCAGCCGUUCCAGAUUCUCAACUGCUCAUGGUUCCGUACCAGAAUUUACUUCAUCGAAAAACUCGGGAGCAAACCGGGAUCGACAUUAAGAAUGCUGUUAUCAUAAUAGACGAAGCACACAAUCUUCUGGAUACUAUUUCUAACAUUCACAGCCAAGAAGUAACGCUGGAGCAACUUCGGCAAGCUCGGCUACACAUAAAUGCAUAUAAAACACAAUAUUUCACACGUUUUUCCGCUAAAAAUUUGCUAAAAAUUAAUCAGCUGCUGUUCGUUGCUACUCGUCUGUGCAAAUUGCUAGAAACUGCACCGCCAAACCAUUCCAAUUCUCGAAUGAUUCACACCCACGAACUGAUGACGGAAGGUGAAUUUUUUAACCUAAAAUUGGGUGAAAUUUUGCAGUUUGCAGAGAAAGCCCGGAUCGCUCAGAAAAUCCACGGCUUCGCUCAAAGUACGCCUUCGCCGCUGAUGCUGCAGAGUCCGGCGCAAAGUCGUCCCGCCGAGAAAAAAGGAACCAGCGCCCUGAAGGAAUAUCUGAAGCGUUUGGAGAAUGGAAAUGAUAAAAAAUCCACACAGCAACCAGUUCCGGAUUCAGGGAAAGAUUCGAAUGAAGUUCGGAAACCGAUUAGUAACGCGAUUCGUCCGUUACUGGCUUUUCUGGAGUGUUUGGUGGAGAGCUUCGACGAUGGUCGCGUUUUGCUGACCUACAAUAGUAAAGAAAAUCAACGGGCUAGCAUGAAGUACCUGCUGCUUAAUCCCGGGGCAAGGUUUGAGGAAAUUUUGACCAACUGUCGCUCGGUUAUUCUUGCGGGCGGAACAAUGCAACCGGUUGAGGAGUUGACCGAACAGUUGUUUAAAGCUUGUCCCGAAAGAGUGCAACUGCGAAGCUACCGGCAUGUAGUGCCUGCCGAUGCCAUCCUUCCGAUUGCCAUUUCGAAGGGUCCUUCAGGAAAGGAAUUUCUGUUCAAUUAUGGAAAUCGUCAGUCGAAGGAUUUGUUAAAUGAGCUGGCAUCGACGCUAAGUAACAUCUGCCAAGUUGUUCCGAACGGCGUCGUCUGCUUUUUCAGCUCGUACGACUACCUGGAGCAGUUCUACGCGAACCUGCAGAAUAGUGGUGGUCUCGCCCGUUUGGAAGAACGAAAGCGGGUCUUUCGUGAACCACGAGGUAGCGGAAACAUCGAUAAGGUGUUGGCCGAUUAUUCAAACGCCGCACGGCUCCCGGUCGGGAAGCAAACCGGUGCCCUGAUGCUUAGCGUGGUUGGUGGCAAGCUUAGCGAAGGGUUGAAUUUCUCCGACGAACUGGGUCGGUGCGUGGUGGUGGUCGGUUUGCCCUAUCCGAACCGGACCAGCCCGGAGCUGGUGGAACGAAUGCGCUAUUUGGACCGAACGCUGCAUUCUUCGGCUGGGAAUGAGUACUACGAGAAUCUAUGCAUGAAAGCCGUUAAUCAGUGCAUAGGACGUGCGGUUAGGCAUAUUCGAGAUUAUGCUAGUGUUGUACUGCUAGAUGUAAGGUAUUGUAACAGUGAGAAGAUUCGAAAGAAGCUUCCACUGUGGAUUUCCGAGGGUUUGCAGUGUGUAGAAAGGUACGGCCAAGCUCAUGGAAGCCUGGUAAAGUUUUUCAAGGGGAAAUAA